CUAUAUACACUCGGGAGCACAGACACUCGCCCUCUUAGUCCACCUGCCAGGAGAGGGAAGGGAGUGCUGGAGAGGAGUGUUGUGUGCUUGGCAAAAACAAAGCGGCGCUCAGAACUCAGUAAACUCUCCAGUCUUGAACAUCUGACAGCGCAAGAUGUCUAAAGGACCAGCAGUAGGAAUUGAUCUGGGCACCACAUAUUCCUGUGUGGGCAUCUUCCAACAUGGCAAAGUGGAGAUCAUUGCCAAUGACCAAGGAAAUAGGACCACGCCCAGCUAUGUGGCCUUCACAGACACUGAGAGACUGAUUGGUGAUGCUGCCAAGAACCAGGUGGCCAUGAACCCAGCCAACACUGUAUUUGAUGCCAAGCGUCUGAUUGGUCGUAAGUUUGAUGAUCCUGUGGUGCAGUCAGACAUGAAGCACUGGCCUUUCAAGGUUGUGAAUGACUCAUCCAAACCCAAGAUGGAAGUUGAAUACAAGGGGGAGUGCAAGACCUUCUACCCUGAAGAGAUUUCCUCGAUGGUCCUCACCAAGAUGAAAGAGAUCUCAGAAGCUUAUCUUGGCAAGCCUGUGAACAAUGCAGUUAUUACAGUUCCUGCUUACUUCAAUGACUCCCAGCGUCAAGCCACCAAAGAUGCUGGAACCAUUUCUGGGCUUAAUGUGCUGCGCAUCAUCAAUGAGCCCACAGCUGCAGCCAUUGCUUAUGGCCUGGACAAAAAGGUUGGUGGCGAACGUAAUGUUCUUAUCUUUGACCUUGGAGGUGGUACUUUUGAUGUGUCAAUCUUGACUAUUGAGGAUGGCAUCUUUGAGGUCAAGGCGACAGCUGGUGACACUCACUUGGGUGGUGAAGACUUUGACAACCGCAUGGUUAACCACUUCAUUGCUGAGUUCAAGCGCAAGUUCAAGAAGGAAAUCAACAACAACAAGCGUGCUGUGCGUCGCUUGCGCACAGCCUGCGAGCGUGCCAAGCGCACCCUUUCCAGCAGUACCCAAGCCAGUAUUGAGAUUGAUUCACUCUACGAAGGAGUAGAUUUCUACACUUCCAUUACCAGGGCCCGUUUUGAGGAGCUCAAUGCAGACCUAUUCCGUGGAACCCUCGAGCCUGUGGAGAAAGCCCUGAGGGAUGCCAAGAUGGACAAGUCCCAGAUUCAUGACAUUGUACUGGUGGGUGGUUCCACACGUAUCCCCAAGAUUCAAAAGCUGCUGCAGGAUUUCUUCAAUGGCCGUGACCUCAACAAGAGCAUCAACCCUGAUGAGGCUGUGGCCUAUGGUGCAGCCGUGCAGGCAGCCAUCUUGGCUGGUGAUAAGUCUGAGAAUGUGCAGGACCUGCUCCUACUGGAUGUCACGCCCUUGUCCCUGGGAAUUGAGACUGCUGGAGGAGUAAUGACAGUCCUUAUCAAGAGGAACACCACCAUUCCUACCAAACAAACCCAGACCUUUACCACCUAUUCAGACAACCAACCUGGUGUGCUUAUUCAGGUUUAUGAAGGCGAGAGAGCCAUGACCAAGGACAAUAAUAUCCUGGGCAAAUUUGAGUUGACCGGUAUUCCACCUGCUCCCAGAGGUGUCCCUCAGAUUGAGGUGACCUUUGACAUUGAUGCCAAUGGUAUUCUCAAUGUAUCUGCAGUGGACAAAAGCACUGGAAAAGAGAACAAGAUCACCAUCACCAAUGACAAAGGGCGGCUGAGCAAAGAGGACAUUGAGAGAAUGGUGCAGGAGGCAGAGCAGUUCAGGGCUGAGGACGAGGUCCAAAGAGACAAGGUCACAGCAAAGAACUCCCUUGAGUCUCUGGCUUUCAACAUGAAGAGCACUGUGGAGGAUGAGAAGCUCCAAGACAAGAUCAGCCCUGAGGACAAAAAGACCAUUGUAGACAAGUGCAAUGAAGUCAUUGCCUGGCUGGACAGGAACCAGACAGCAGAGAAGGAUGAGUAUGAUCACCAGCAGAAGGAACUAGAGAAGGUGUGCAACCCCAUCAUCUCCAAGCUGUACCAGGGGGGUAUGCCUGGAGGGAUGCCUGGAGGGAUGCCCGGAGGGAUGCCUGGUGGUUUUCCUGGUGGAGCUGGAGGUGGCUCCUCCUCUGGCCCAACUAUUGAGGAGGUCGACUAAACACUCUUGCUGACAGUUUAUCUCAAAUCCCAACAUAUACUCAAUGUUUUAAAGCUACUUACUUACCUAGAAGACACAUCCAACACUUAAGAUCAAAGUCUUAUUUUGAUUAAAAUUCCUUCUGUAAUGUUAACUCAAGAUUAAGAUUCUUAAGAUUCUUAAGAUUAAGAUACUUAAGAUUCCAAUAUUUAGCAAAUCUAACUAAAAAAAUCUGACACUUGCACACAGUUACAAUAUUCAGUCACAUAAGACAUUAUCAGUCUGUUUCCUGUUCUUAUUUAUCUUUCCAACGAUAAACUGCAUGAAGAAUUAAAGUUACCUCUUUCUAUCUGUGAUUUCACAACAAUAAACCAAUAAAUGGAGAUUCUUAUUUGCAAAAUGAA